AUGAAGGAGAAGCAUAACCCUAAUUCUCAAAAGCGUCUUAGACGACGAGAUACAUGCCGUUCCUGGACGGAGCUUCCUAUAGAUAUCUUGAUUUCUGUGUUGGAACGCCUCAACUCUCCUAAUUUCAAACGAGCUAAAUCCGUAUGUUUGUCUUGGUACUCUGCUUCAAGACAAUGCGUGCCCAACCCCAAAUAUCACAUCUCUUGGCUGGUUCCCUUCCCCAAAGACAGAAAUAACAAUUUACGCACGUUGUUCAAUCCCGAGGAAAAACACAAACGUUACAACACGCAAGAUCUUGGCGUGGGAUUUGCAAAUAGUGUUUGUAUAGCAACUUGUGGAAGUUGGCUCCUAAUGCAAGAUCCUCUUUACAAUCUCUACAUUGUUAAUCUAUUUACCCGUGAGAGGAGCGAUCUGCCGUCUCUGGAGUCACAACUUGGCAUGCUAAAGGUUGAACGAAUCAUAGAUGAGAGGUUUCGCAUUUCACACGAUACUGUCAGAGUCAAGAGCAAUGGUAUGACUAUACAAUCCGCUGUGUUUUGGAUUGACGAGAAAACCAAAGAUUAUAUAGUUUUUUGGGGACUUAGAGAUUGGUGUGUGGUUUAUGCCAAGAAAGGGGACACCUCGUGGAAUCAAAUCCCAAACACUUCAUAUUGUUCUCACAUGGUUUACAAGGAUCACAAGCUUUACUUCCUAAACAAUGAUGGUGGUUUCAAAAUCAUAGAUUUUUCUCAUGAGAUUCCACAACGAAUCUUAAAACGUGGUAUGUUUCGGAGUAGAUUAGAGAUGGCUCGUCGUCCUUCACGAAAUAAUAAGUUAGGAGGUCUGUGGCUGUGCCGUCGUGUGGAAUCAACUGAUUAUUGGGUUUUUUCUGAUCCAAAACUUGUAGUCACAGUAAGAGGAAAUGUCCUAAAGGUCAUUAUGAAACAGCAUAAUAUGUCUAAUGAAUGGUCCUUCAGCGUCACCAACAUUUAUAAAUCAUCAGGGAGGAUCAAGAAAUAUAAACGAGUUGAUUCUUUGGGCGACGAGGCAAUGCUUUUGGAUCUAGGCAUCACUGAGCCCUCCUGUGAAAUUGAUGGACUCAAUGGCAACUCCAUCUAUUUCAGUGGCUGUCAUGGACGACCGAAGACAAAAGGUAUUUUUAUCUUCAAUCUCGAGACAAAGACGUUGGAGCAACUGCACAAAUAUGAUUGUUCAUCUCUAAAGCUUGAUGGUUCUUUAGUUCUUAGUUCUUACCAAGUUUGA